UGUCCCCGAUAGUUUCCGGGUGUUUCUGCAGCAACCCGGUUCCUACGAUAAGCAGCUCGAAACUGGGGGUUCUACCGCUGCCGAACCCCGAGCUCCAUCGCACUCUGCCUGCCUGGGCUGGCGCCAUACCGCGCUGUACCGCGCCAGGAUUUUCGCACUGAUCACUUAGGCUUCAAAGCUCGCCAGCACCCCUCCCUCCAAACGGCGGCAAUUCGUAAUAUAUACGUAGCGCGGGGGGUUGCUAAAUUAUUAUUUUAUAAUUUUUUAAAAUUUGCUUUUUGUGUGCUGAUAUCAAGAGCAGCCUAUCACUAGUAUCCUUCCCGGAGAGAGGUCGAUCUGGCCGGCAAGGGGCCUUUUCCCCAGACUCCCUCUGGCCGGGUGUCAUUUUGGGAUCGGGUAUUCGGGGCCCACUGGGGGUGGGGGGGUUAAACUGAACCUACAGUCUUUCAGUUGCACAACCCCCUUCUACUUCGCCCCCGUUUAUAUUUUUUAAAUCAGCUAGCAGGUUAGAUAGCAAGGUGUUUGUGAUUGAACCCCUACUCUACUAGACUAAACUAGCUAGACUAGCUCUCGACCGCUUUUUCAUUCGCCUCGCUGAAACUGGCCGUCCCUCUCCUCCCACUAUCCCCCCGGAUCAUCAGGCUUUGGAACCCCCGGUCAGCAAAGCUCUGACAAACAUAGCGAUUCUCCGCGGUCACUACCCAUAACGCACCGUGAUCAUCUUUUCACUGGACAAGAUAUCUGCUAACAUCAACGGCACAAGACCCUGGACGCGAUAUUAAGAGGAUUUGUUUUCUGCAUCCCCAGUCCGAGUUUUAAAGGACCCUGUGGUAAGGAAGUCGCACCCGGGCUCCCGUGCGCGCCAUGCCCGGCCCGGCGGCCGGCAGCAGAUCUCGGGUGUACGCCGAUGUGAACACUCUGAAGAGCCGGGAGUACUGGGACUACGAAGCCCACGUGCCCAGCUGGAGUAACCAGGAUGACUACCAGCUGGUGCGGAAGUUGGGCAGGGGGAAGUACAGUGAGGUGUUUGAAGCCAUCAACAUCAACAACAAUGAAAAGGUGGUGGUCAAAAUCCUGAAGCCCGUCAAAAAGAAGAAGAUCAAGCGAGAGAUCAAGAUUCUGGAGAACCUGCGGGGCGGAACCAACAUCAUCCGGCUGGUGGACACAGUGAAAGACCCGGUGUCUCGAACACCAGCGCUUGUCUUUGAAUACAUCAACAACACAGAUUUUAAGGAGCUCUACCAGAAGUUGACUGAUUUUGACAUCCGUUUCUACAUGUAUGAGUUACUGAAGGCCCUGGACUACUGCCAUAGCAUGGGCAUCAUGCACCGGGACGUGAAGCCCCACAAUGUGAUGAUCGACCACCAGAUGAGGAAGCUACGCCUAAUAGAUUGGGGGCUGGCCGAGUUCUACCACCCCACGCAGGAGUACAACGUCAGGGUGGCGUCGCGCUACUUCAAGGGCCCAGAGCUGCUGGUGGAUUAUCAGAUGUAUGACUAUAGCCUGGACAUGUGGAGUCUGGGCUGCAUGCUGGCCAGUAUGAUCUUCCAGAAAGAACCCUUCUUCCAUGGCCAGGACAACUACGACCAGCUGGUCCGCAUUGCCAAGGUCCUGGGGACAGAUGAGCUCUUUGGAUACCUGCAGAAGUACCACAUUGAACUGGACCCAAGCUUCAAGGACCUGCUCGGCCAGCAGACAAGGAAACGCUGGGAGCAGUUUGUCCAAUCGGAGAACCAACACCUGGUCAGUCCCGAGGCCCUGGACCUUCUGGACAAGCUGCUGCGCUACGACCAUCAGCAGAGACUGACUGCCACUGAGGCCAUGGCGCACCCCUACUUCUAUCCGGUGCUGAAGGAACAGUCCCACGCUGAUGGCAGCGGAUCCACCACAACGCGAUGAGAGAGAGAGCAGGAAAACUUGUGUUACCUCAAAUUUUACCCCAGGAACCUCUUCUAGUCUACAGAGACACCAGAACAAGGCACCAUCAGCCAGUAACGUACACAUACAUGCACACACAUGCACACACACAUACACACAUACAUGAAUACACACACUCUUUCUAUCUCUUUUUCUCUCUCGCUCUCUCUCUCUGUCAGUUUACUGUUGGUUUGUCCCACUCAGAUGUCCGGUUUCAGACCAGUGAGUUGAGCUGCACCUCAGUGCUACCCCUAUCUACCCAUUUAGUUAAAGAAAAAAGGUCAAAUUAAUAUGAAAACAGGCCUGUCCUCCUGCCCCUCCCCCAUAUAUAAGCAUGGAGAAUGAAGAGGAGAAUGCCCCACCCCCACCCUUGCUCUGUGUUCUGCUGUUCUGUGGUCAGCUAAAGGGAGACUAAGGGGACACUAGCGACAAAACAUGACUCCAGAAGAAGUCGAAGGGGUGAAUGACGUCAUACACCACCCAACCCUUUCUGUCUUGCUUGGAUGCAAUGAGCAAUGACUUCUGUGUAUUUUUUUUUUCCAUUCCUCAGCAGACUUUGCUGAUUCAGGUUAGUUUUACGGCUAGAUCAUGUUGUCUUCUACCUCGACAAAUUGCGUCUGUGUUUUUCUUCAUUUCCAAAUGGCUGUAUUUUAGCUUUUUCCUUAAUUUUGCGUGCAUAUUCGGCUGUCUCUGCUACCUCAUGUGAUGUUGUCACGGGUGUCCGGUUAGUCUCUCUCUGUUGAGCCAUGCAGAUCUGAGAUUGGACUCCACCCUGUAGUUCUGAAGUGGAAUGGUGGACCUCUCUGCUAUAGGUAUUAUAAUAAUAUUAAUAAUAAAUAAUUUUUAUUUAGAUUUACAUGUGUGAAAUCAUUGUGUCUGGGCAGUGGUGACAUUGGUGAUAUUUUUGUGGCAUUAAAAAGUUUUAUUUUGUCUCCAAUUUGACCUCAAUGAGGGUGUUUUUUCAUGCACACAGAGACCAGAGGAGUUCGGGAGUUAUUCAGAUAGCACACAGUUUGAAGGACUGAUACCAGUGAUGUCAAAGGAAAAUUGGACUGCCAUUUUUAGUUUUG